AUGGGGCGAGCACGUCACAUUUCAAGAAGGGAACCUCUGAGGAAUAGGUCAUCAGCUCAAGGGCGUCGUCCGCAAUUCUUUGUAUUUGCUCAUUCAAAUGAACCCUCCUCAAAUGAUCCUGUAGCUUCGUUAUCUCCAACUCUAAGUGGAGCUGAUCAGCAGUCUGCCUUGGCAUCUGGGUCCGGUGCUCUUUCGGUCAACAAUCAAUGGACUUCCUCAAACUAUAGGUCUCCUAGUCCGUCUUCUCCAAAUAGUCAAGAUAGAGCUGGACCUUCAGAAGCUCAAUCAUUUCCCGAAUCACUAAAAUCACGGUUUAAUGCCAUUUCAACGAGAUACAUAGAGUCGAUUUCAACGAGUACAAGGGGCUGGAAAGAAAGAUUUUUCUCUCGCAACACUUCCAUGGAAGAUAUUGGUCCUGAAGUAAGGAGAGAGGUUAAUCCUGGCAUUGCAACAGUCUCUCGCAUGAUGGAACGUCUAGAAACCCGAGAUAAUAGAAACAGCACUGAUACUAUAACAAGAACUUUCAGAGAAUAGUUUUAAUCCAGAACC